AUGCCUCAGCCAAUCUGCGUGAUCGGCGCUGGCCCCUCUGGCCUCGUAGCGGCCAAGACGAUUGCGCAGCGCCGCAACGCCCAAGGCGAGCCCAUCUUCUCCGUCACCGUCUACGACGCGCGCGACGCCGUGGGCGGCCUGUGGCCCCUGGACCCGGCGGACAACGCGCGCCAGAUCCACCCGCUGAUGACGGCGAAUUUGAGCCGGCACACGAUUCAGUUUAGCGACCUCGCGUGGGACGAGAGCGACGGAGUACCGCCGCUAGGUUCUUCUUCCGAGACUGCCGCCGCCGGAGACAGUAGCCAGCUUAGCGAGGCGGCGUUGAAGAAGAAGCUGCAGCUGAAGAAGAGGACGCAGACGCGCACGGUACCCGAGUUCCCCAAGGCGUGGAUGGUGGGUCGGUAUCUCCAGAGGUACGCGAGGACGUACCUCGAGGGGGUGGCCAAUGUGGAGCUGAAGCUCGGCACGAGAGUGCUGGGCGUGCGGAGGAAGGGCGAGGGAGGGGGCCACUGGGUGGUUGAGACCGCCGAGGGCGCGGAUGGGGGAAGGGUCGGGGAACGAGAGUUUGAGGGUGUGGUGGUGGCGUCGGGCUAUUUUGGGAAACCCAAGAUCCCCGAGUUUCUCCGGGCGGAGAACGGAGACGCGGAAGGCAAGGAGGUGCCCGUGGUCCAUAGCACGGCGUACCGGGACCUCGAGACGUUGCUCAAAGGGCCGGAGGGACAGCCCCGCGACGGAGGCAGAGGCGGAAAGAUUCUCGUCGUAGGCGGGCAAAUGUCGGGCGUAGAGGUCGCGGCGACGAUUGCGACGCAGCUCUCCUCGGCUGUUCACUCACCCGGGGAAAGCCCCAUUCGAAACCCGGAAAAGUAUUCGGUGCACCACCUUGCCGAUAGGCACACUUGGGUCAUGCCCUUCUUCACCACACCCACGACCCCACCCCCACCAACCAGCGCGGCGGCACCAUAUCCGAAGCCGCCGCCAGCCUCGCCCACGAGCGGUUCAAGCUCUCCUCGGCACCGACCAGUCCGACGCCCACCCCUCGCCCGCGUCCACGACCCGUCCGCUCCGGCUUUCGUCGCCCUCUCGCAGCUGUACAUGCCCCUCCUCCGCGCCGGGCUCAUUGAUCUGUCGCGCGGCCGCCUCGCCCGCCUCGACGGCACCACGGCCCGCACCGAGGACGGCGAGGAAAUUCAGGACAUCGCCGCCGUCGUCCUCGCUACGGGCUUCGACCCCUCGGCGUCCCUCGAAUUUCUCGAGCCCGCCGUGCUCAAGGCCAUCGGCCACGCCCCGGACUACCCCGAGCUCACGCCCGCCCUCGCCUUCCACGGCACUCAUCACCCGUCCGUCCCGGGACUCGGAUUCGUGAGCUUCUAUCGCGGACCCUACUGGGGCGUGGCCGAGAUGCAGGCCCGCUUCCUCGCCGAGCUCUGGACGCCCGAGGACGUCUCUCCGCGCUCCGAGGCUUUGGCGCGCGCCCUGCGCGACGACCGGUCUGCCGAGGAACUCGUCGCCCUGCGCGGCAGCGACAGGCUCACGCAGUUCCCCACGGGCGACUACGUCUAUCUCAUGCACCACUCCUCCCACCCCAGCGGCACCUUUUCCGGCACCGGCCGCUUCCUCGUGCGCCAAAAGACGCUCGACGGCCUCGACUCCGCCCCCGCGCGGGCCAGCGCGGCCGGCGAGCUCGAGUACCUCUACAUCGAGGAGGGCACGUUUGAGUCCACCCUCGGCUUCUCCUUCUCCGCCACCCGCCGCUACGUCUACCGCUACGACGAGGCUGCCGAUAUCCUCAGCGUCUGGUUCGUGUGCGUCGACGACGCCAAAAAGGCCGACUACCUCUUCCACGAGGUCGAGUUCCUCCCCCAGUCGCCCGACGCCUCCACCCCCGCCUCUGCCUCCGCCCCUGCCCCUGCUCCCGGCGGUGUCCCCGUCGUACGUGCCAAGGGCAUCGAGGCCAAGGCGGGUCAUUUGUGCGGCGAUGAUUACUACUCGGUGCGCUAUGAGUUUGGGUUCAAGGCCGUCAACUUGGAGAGGUGGACUGUAGGGUAUCAGGUCAAGGGACCAAAGAAGGAUUACACGCUUCACGCGGUUUACACGAGGGAGUAA